AUGAUAAUAUCAGAUGGCAAAUGUGAUAUAGAGAUAAAGAGAAGAAUUGCGAUGGCAAAGGAUUCCUUUCAAAAACUAGGAAAUAUAUUAAAAGAUAGGAAACUGAGUGUACAGAUAAAGAACAAGCUGCUCAAAUGCUACGUGCAUUCUAUCCUUCUCUAUGGAAGUGAAUGCUGGACUAUUUCGCCAACAAUGGAAAAUAGAUUGAAGGCUGCGGAGAGAGGGUUCUACAGGAAAAUAUUAAGAAUAUCCCGGACAGAACAUGUGUCAAACGAUGAAGUCUUGAAAAGAGCAAAAACAGAAAGAGUUGACACCCCUCUGCUAACAUCAACUAAGUUCAUUAUCUCGUCCAAAAAUCGGUCCCUGGAUUGUUUAGAAAGGAAGCGGGCUGUUCCCUUGGCCCUCGUCUCUGAACAGGCUCUACGGGUCCCAGACAGGCCAAGUACACGAGGGCGAGAGGCGUCGGUUAUGGAUUACUUCAGUGUGAUCAAUGGCCUCAGUAGUACUCUCAACCUCACCCGAGAACUUGUGUCCUGGUCCUUCAAACAUCUGAGAUUGUACAUGUUGAGCAGGCAGCGCACCAGGAAGAGGAUGUUCAUUGUUGUUAGUCAGAGCUCCAAACAUUCGAUGAUGUUCAAGUUGCAUAUUAAGGUUAAGUUGCAAACACUUAUAUAA